ACUGUGACCCAAGCCAGCCGCUACCUUGGUCAGUUGGUCCCACCGCACAGCGCACAGCACAGCACACACGCAACAGCGCACAACGAACGAACCAGGCGGAGUGAUCCAAACAACUGUCGCGCUGAACAGCGGAAAGCAUCUCAACACGCUCUAACGCUGAAGAGUCACCAGCACUGCAGCAACGGCAUCAUCAUCGUCCUCUUUUGGCAUUUGUGCUCUUCAGUUUGUCGUUUGCGUUGUUGACUUCAGCAGCAGCAAGAGUAUCUUGCCAGAGCAGAUCUUUAGUUGGAAGACCGUUGGUUACAUCAACUCCUCUCUUCGCCGUUCGUCCGGUCACCAAAAAGUUUGUCGAUCCUGCUGGUUGGUGCUCACCUGAAGCCUUCAGCUAACAACAAGCCAUCUACACGAAAUCGGCUAGUGUCUCCCGUCUGGUUAUAACAAGAAUCACAACAACAGCAGCAUGAGCUCUGAAGAGGCAGCAGCAGCCAAGCCCGCCGCGCCAAAAACCUUGGGAUCUUUGGAUAUUGACUUUCACGAGUCCACUCACUCUCGUGACAUCCGAAAGGCGUAUUCGACACGAAGGCUUAUUACAAACCGACACGAUGAUCUACUGCGAAGUGGCAGUACUCAUCAACUCUUGAAUCGGCCCUUUUCCGCUUCUCAAACGGGACCGGCACCCUUGUUGACAGCGCCAGGUCCAGGAGCUCCACCGGCACCACCAGGGGCGGCCGAGUCUCUGGCCACGGAAGACACCGCACAAGAGAGCGACUCGGACGAUGGAUCAGAUUUCUCCUUUUGCGAUGCCUCGGGUGAUUGCAAGGCGGAUCGAGACUACUUAAGGAAAGAUUUGGGUGCUAGCUUACACGAUGAUGAACUAGAUUUUGAUAGUGGUGAUGACCUUGAUGCGGGUGCUGGAAAAGGUGGUGCCGAUGAUGACCUGAUUGCGGACAUGAAAAAUAGGAUGAAAUUGGACGAAGCAAAGGAAAAGGAUGCUUCUUCUUAGGUUUAUUUACGACCGGCACAUCUACUACUAGAGGAAAAAGACGCUCAGAGAAAAUGGAUCUCAUGGGUGGUACAGCAUCUACACUCACUUGCACACAGACAGGAAUAAUCUCACAAAAUCGCACUCCAUCUACCAAGACGGUAAUUGGUAUAAUAUGUCGUACGACAUACAUCUUUUUUUACCUAAAGUACAUUUAUUUCACGUUC